UACAGUACGUUACCACUUGACCAUGAUUUAGCAUGUUUUCAAGCUAUUCAGUGCAUUACAGAGUUUAUAUAAUGAAACUGGGCUGGUUUCCAGAAAAAAAAAAAAAAACACAAAAAAGUUAAUGAAUUCAUUAUAUAUUUUCCCAUGUAAAAGCACUUAUGAUAAUCUAAUUGAUUCCCAGUGAAUAAUGGUUGUAUAACUGAAAUCUAUGUGGUUCUACUAGGCUACUUGUUUUUUAUGGACGAUAUUCCAGGCUUAAAUGUACCAAUCCUUUACAUUACAUUCAACAUCAAAAAUGAAUCCAUUAAUGAAUUUAUUGCAGCUAAUUUAAUAAACUCAUGAAAUAUGAAAUAAAGUUGACUACCGCUUGGUAAUACUUUCACAUCACUGUGUGAAAGUAUAAAAAAUUUGUAUUCUGCUUUAUUAUUAAUUAUUUUUUAUUUAAUGUUUAUAUCUGUUUAGUAUGCAGUACAGUAGAGCAGUAGAGUAGAGCUACAGUAGAGCAUGGUGCUAGCAACAUCUAAGCCAUGGGGUCUAUUCCCUGCGAAUGAAUGAACUGAUCAAAUUAUGCCUUGAAAGUAAUGUCCAAAGUCACUUUGGAUAAAAGCAUCUGCCAAAAGCAUGUCAUUAUUAGGCAGUUCUGAUUCUUUACCACAGUUGUAACGUUAAAUAGUAGUUCAUUAACUACAGCUCAACUUGGAAAUGCUCUUUUCCCUAUUAAGCGCUGACUGACCCUUCACUUACAUUACAUACUAUAGUAUUUGUGUCUUGUCAUGCACAUUGAGUCUGAAGGAGAGUAAGCUGUACUUACACUCAACAAAGGCUGACCUGGUAGUCAUUUUGCAGUCUACAUUUUCAUGGGUAAGAACAUGUUUCUUGGUAUGAAUAUGAACAGCAUAUAGAUACUGUAGGAGCAAUAGACCUUAAUGUUGAUCAGACAUUUUUGACUGUCAGAUAUAAAAAGUCUGAAUUUAAGCUCUUUCUCAAAAAAUAUGCAGUAUAUUUUAAUUUUGUGCACAUAUUUUCAUCUUUAAAUCAACAUAGUCUUUUAUUCAUUGAUUAUUUAGAUGACAUGAACACUCCUGGAUCUUCCAAUUAGUGCAGCUUUCCUGACCCAAAUUAGCAUUUCAUUUUCAGAUCACUUUGUCCAUAAAGUGCAUUUCAAAAGCAACAUUGAAAAGUUCUUGGACGGUCUUUAAAUUGAAUGCCCUGACAAAACAAUAGUAUAAGGUAAAAUAUAUACAUAAAAUAUAUGAGGUAAAUCUUACAAAUGUGUGCUUAAUAAUGAAGAUGUGUUUCCAGUGGAUGGCAGUCACUGGGUCAAUAUGAACAUCUUGGUGGAGGCACUUCACGCCAAAGGUCACGAUGUUACAGUCAUUCGGAUGGCAGACAGCUGGUACAUUAAAGAAUUCUCACCUCACUACACAUCAAUCACUCUGAAUUCUCCUGGAGGAUUCGACGAAGAAUUCUUUGAGACAUUUGCAUUCAGACUUAUGAAAAUCCUGAGAGAAGGUUCCACCUGGGCUCAUCUGAAGCUGGAGAUAGAGACGUGGCUAGGUACUUAUGAGAUGACCAAAGUAGAAUGUGAGAUGAUAAAGAGCAUGAUGGAAGACCAGCAGCUAAUACAGUCUUUUAGGGAUGCCAAGUAUGAUUUGCUUCUUACAGAUCCAUUCUUGUUUGGAGGUGUUCUUUUGGGCAACUUCCUGAAGCUGCCCAUUGUCUACAAUAUCCGUUGGACGAUGUAUAGUGAAGCGCAUUUUGUGAUAGCUCCUUCUCCACUUUCUUAUAUUCCUUUUCCGAUGGUGGAGUUAUCAGACCGCAUGAGCUUUUUUCAAAGAGUGUUAAAUGUAGUCAUGUACAUUGUAGCUGAAGCUAUGGGUGCUUUACUGUUUGCUCCAAAUUAUAAUGCACUUUGUGAACAGUUCAUUGGCCCUGGAGUGUCCUUCCUUACGCUAGUUCAGAGUGCUGAUCUGUGGCUCCACAGAGUUGAUUUUAUUUUUGAAUUCCCCCGUCCCACUAUGCCGAACAUUGUCUACAUGGGAGGUUUUCAAUGCAAGCCAUCAAAACCUCUUCCCCGGGAUCUGGAGGACUUUGUGCAGAGCUCUGGUGAUCAUGGUGUCAUCAUCAUGUCUCUGGGCACUCUCAUUGGUCAGCUUCCCGAUGAUGUGGCUGAGGCGAUUGCUGAAGCUUUUGCAGAACUUCCACAGAAGAUCAUCUGGAGGUACAAAGGAAAGAGACCAUCUGCUCUAGGAAACAACACCUUAAUGAUGGACUGGAUGCCUCAGAAUGAUCUUCUGGGGCAUCCUAAGACCAGAGCCUUUGUGGCACAUGGAGGAACCAAUGGGAUUCAAGAAGCCAUUUACCACGGGGUCCCAAUCAUUGGAUUUGGGCUGAUUUUUGACCAGCCUGAUAAUCUUGCAAAAAUGAGAGUACGAGGUGUAGCCAAGACUGUAGACUUUGCCACAGUGGAUAAGGACUCCUUCCUUAAAACCGUCAAAGAGGUGCUUUAUGAUCCCUCUUAUCGGGAGAACAUGCAGAGGCUCUCAAGGCUUCACAAGGACGUUCCAGUGAAACCUCUGGACAACGCCAUCUUCUGGAUUGAGUUUGUUAUGAGGCACAAAGGUGCUGCUCACUUGCGCACAGAGUCUUACAAAAUGCCCUGGUACUCUUAUCACUCUGUUGAUGUCAUACUGUUCCUGCUUUCUGCUGUGUCACUCAUAAUCUUGACUAUAUAUGCAGUAAUCAGAUAUUUCUGCUGCAGAAUAUGCAUGAGAAAAACAAAAACAAAACUUGAAUGAGUUUUGUAUUAUUAUUUAGAUAAUGAGCUAAUCUAUGUCAGGCAUUUCCUGUAUAUUAAUGACCAAAGCUUUGAAUCAUUAUGAUGUUCAUUUCAUAUGGACUAUGGUAAAUAGAUGUUGAUUUAUUGGUUUGUGCACAUUUAAAUUUGUGUCAUUGUUUUAAAAUGGUAUUCUGUAUUUUAUUAAUAAAUUUUGUCAGCUCUUUCAUGGUUUUUAUUUAUAUUAACUGAUUAGAUUUUGUUCUCUUUGAGGUUUUCCUUUUUUCUUUUAUGCCAUUAUUUCACCAUUCCAUACAUGACCCAAACGUGUGUUGGACCAAUCUGAAUUGAAACCGAAAUACUGUAACUAAUAAUAACUGCAUAUGUUUUAAUGCCUUAGCCUUUCAUUUAUUUGGUCAGCAAAGGUCUUUAAAAAAAAAUAUAUAUACAGUUCAGCAAAAUAAAUACAAUGGCACAAGCAUAGUUCAACUGAUUCCCCAAUGAAUUAUGUCAGGAUACUUUUUUGUAAAUCAAUGCAUUGCAACCGGGGUAUUCUAACCAAAUCCCAAACAAACCACUUCCUGUAACUGGUUCUUUUUAAAGACUUACACACAUACAGCUUGCAACUUACUGCGUUAUGUUGUACUCAAACCUCGUUAAGCUUUAAUAGAUUAAGGUUUGUUGUUUGUAUGACAGUAUUACCUUAAAUUACACAUUUAGUCAUCAGUAGCUAUUUUGUAAGAAUGUAUAAAUGAUUUAAUUAAAUAUUUCACCAUAUUGUUUAUUUUGAUAAUCGUUUUUAUUUCAAAUGUUUUUAUGUAGCAUAUAAAACAUGUACAGUAUCUGGCAAUCAAUUACAUUUAGAGAAUUAGUUUGAUUUAAAGAUCUAUCAGGCAUUUCACAUGAUUUUUUU